AUGAAUGAACUCAAGCCAAAGUUCACAGAAUUCGUUGAGCAGGCAUGUCAAAAUACAAAUUUCCCCGCCGAAGGAGAAAACAAUAGCACAAAUUCUCAGGAGGUAAUGCAGUUCAGUGGUUCAAGAGCGCGUUUUGGUCAAUUUCCAAGCUUGUCUCCCGUUUUGUUUGGUUAUAAUUACAAAGAGAGUAACUUCAACACGCAAACGCACAGCGGACCAAUGGCAGCUGAAAAGGGAGGUGAAAAUGUCAAAGAACUUUGGUCUGCCGAAGAACUUACAGUGAACCUUGCGAAUAAAACAGCAUUGAGAAUUGCGAAUCUAAAACACAAACUCGACGAACAAUUGAAAAAUAUUAAAACCUUGCAAGAAAACGAGGAGAAAUAUAGAGAAUAUCCGGAACCUAUCAAUCAUGAACAGAAAAAUGUCGACAAUUUUGUUAUUCCGUCUCAAGGUUUUAGCUUACCAAAUAAUCAUCAAGUAAACGUUAAUAGACGUAUUGUAAAGACGAAACAAUCAGGACUAACAAAAACAGGUAAACAGAGACCAACUGUACCGGAAUUGAAAAAGAGAAAACGACUUCGUCGCGGUGUACCUUUAAAGGAGUUUUUCUACCAUCCUCUUGUGGUAGACUGCAAUGCUGCUCUACCAGAAGAUCUAACAAAGGAAGAAUUUUUAAGACAACUACGACUUAUACCAAAAUCAUAUUUCAUGACACAAAACAAUCAAGAACAACAUCAUAAGGGAUCCUACGGUUCCUGA